AAAGAAUGAUUCACGUAACAUCACUUGAGCGUCACAUCAACAAAUCAAGGUAUUUCAAAGAUUAAUGUUGAUACAGGAUAAAAAUACGACUGAUAAUUGUCUUAAUAUUGACUGAGUCGACAACCACAAAGUGAAAGUGAUUGAAACCUUCAGUGAAGCUCCUCCUACAACAAUCCACCAAUAAAUGCUGGAGUCAAACACACAGAGAAAUCACUCCAUGUGUGACAACUGAAAUCUUCAUGACAUAAUGUUGAUGCUGGUGAAAGAGGAGCUUGAGAAGAUGACAGAUCCACAACCAUGCAGAAUAAAGAAUGAAGAUACUGAGAAACAAAUAGAUAUGAUGGGAAUAAACACACAUCAACUUGAACUGAAUAAAGCAGAUGAAAUGCAUUAUAAUAUUAAAACAAUACAAAAUGUGGAUCACAUCAUGACUCAAAAUGUAGAGAAACCAUUCACAUGUCAUCACUGUGGAAAGAGUUUUACAUCUGCAAGUGACCUUAGAAGACAUUGGAGAACUCACACUGGAGAAAAACAUGUCACAUGUCAUCUCUGUGGAAAGAGAUUCAGAGAUAAAAGUAACCUUAAAGACCACGAAAGAAUUCACACUGGAGAGAAACCGUUCACAUGCCAUGAGUGUAAAAAAUGUUUCAGAAGUAAAGGCAACCUUACAACACACAUGAAAAUUCACACAGGAGCGAAACCUCAUGCGUGUUUUCAGUGUGGAAAGAGUUUCAGUAUGGAGUGCCACCUUAAGAAACACAUGAUAACUCACAGUGAAAAGAAACCUCACGCAUGUUUUCAGUGUGAAAAGAGUUUCAGUAAUAAAAGUGGACUUGAGACUCACAUGAGAAGUCACACUGGAGUGAAACCCUACAUAUGCUCUCAGUGUGAAAAGAGAUUCACAAGUGAAGUCGCUCUUAAGAAACACACAAGAAUUCAUACUGGAGAAAAACCGUUCACAUGCCACCAAUGUGAAAAGAGUUUCAGAAGUAAAGUUAACCUUACCGCACACUUGAUCAUUCACACCGGAGAGAAACCAUUCACAUGCCGCCACUGUGGAAAGAGUUUCAGAACAAAAGGUAACCUUGACGCACACGUGAUCAUUCACACUGGAGAGAAACCUUACAUAUGCUUUCAGUGUGAAAAGGGUUUCACAAGUCAAGGUGCUCUUAAGGAACACAUGAGAAUCCACACUGGAGAAAAACCGUUCAAAUGCCAUCACUGUGGAAAAAGUUUCAGAAAUAAAGUUAACCUUAAUGCACAUGUGAGGAUUCACACCGGAGAGACACCGUUCACAUGCCAUGAGUGUGGAAAGAGUUUUGUAAAUAAAGGCAACCUUAAGAAACACAUAAGCGUUCACACUGGAGAGAAGCCAUUCGCAUGUGAUCAGUGUGAAAAAAGAUUCAGAAGUAAAGUUAACCUUAAUGCACACAUAAGAAUUCACACUGCAGAGAAACCAUUCGCAAGUGUCAGAAAUCACCAAAGUUUUUAUUCUAGAGAAAAGCCAUUUAACUAAUCACGGCAGUAAUGAGUUUUACUUGCCAUCACAUCUAAAGUGCGAUUAAUACUUAUGAGUAGGAACUACAAAGCUACGUGGCCAUAGACAUAGCAGUGGCGUGAGCAGGCGUGGAAGGACCAAAAGGCACUUUUUCCUUUGUAACCGACACUUAUACAGAUGUAAUGCAUAACACUUGUCAGUCAAUCAGUCAAUUAGUAUUACUAAAUAUUAUUUAGUUUUUUCAUUAUUUAUUUAUGUCCAGUUCUGAUGUCACUUUGGGCCUUUUUACACCUGGUCACUUCAUGUGUUUUCUCUGAUCGGAUAGCUAUCUGAUUUGUUAAAACUGUUCCAUUUACAUUUGGCCACAUAAAUGCGUCUUGGCAAAACGAAUAUGAAUCUGAUCUUUUACCCCCGCCCAAAAUGCAAAUACACUAUUUAUUACUCCGCCUUAAAAAACUUAAGAUGACGU